ACUCUCUCCUCAUCUCUGAUUAGAUAUACUGAUUCCUCAUUCAAUGGACGUCAUUUAGUGCAGUCUGCCUUGAGUUGCUUCCUCGCUUCACGCUCGAUUUCCGACCAUUCUUUCCUUAUUAAGUAUUCGUGUAAUAUUAAUAGUCAUGAAUAUCUACUAUUAGGAGUGCAGAGGAACCGGCAGAUCUGUGCUAACAUGAGCUCAAGCGAGGGAACAGCUCACUGACAGAGCCAGAAGACGCCAAAAGGGAUCUAAGAAACUUUAGAGAAAAGCACUGCAUUUAAAGAGCUGAUGAAGAACAGUUGGAAUUUACCUAGAUUCUGAUGGAUUAUCGCUUUAUUUGAACACUGACCACAGACACGUUGUCCUGCAGUUAUCAUUGGUUUGAUUUUAUUUACUCGUUCAUUUUCGUUUUGUUCUUCCGAAAUUCCUGUCUUUUGAAAUCCCCGGGAAUCUUCGCAGAUGUUAGUGCACAGUUUUUCCGCGAUGGUGAGUGACUAUUGGGGGUAAAGAACUGAGGACUGCGUUCAACAAUUACUCUCCGAUUGUUUGCUUUUAUCCUGUCAUUUUGUCUGUACCAUCAUGCAAGCUGUUCUUGGUAGCAUCAAAGGCUAUUACAAAGACUUUAUACUUGAUGAUCGCCACGACGGCACCAGCAAUGGCACAGCUCGGUUACCCCAGUUGGGCGGCGUGGGUCAGUCGCCGUACACCAGCGCUCCUCCACUCUCUCACACGCCCAACUCAGACUUCCAGCCGCCAUACUUUCCGCCACCUUACCAGCCCAUUUACCCACAAUCUCAGGACCCUUACUCUCACGUUAACGACCCGUACUCUAUCAACUCUCUGCACGCACAGCCGCAGCCACAGCACCCGGGCUGGCCCGGCCAGCGGCAGAGUCAGGAAAGCAGCCUUUUGCACCAGCACCGCGGGUUACCGCAUCAGCUGUGCCGAGAGUACCGCCGAGAAGUGUUGCUGCCGUCUGGUCACGGUAUCGAGACCGGACUCACGGAUUCAAUCCCUAUACAUGGAAUACCUCACUCUUUAGAAGAUGUCCAGCAUGUUGAAGAUCAAGGAAUUCACAUUCCAGACCAAACUGUAAUCAAGAAAGGUCCUGUCUCCAUAUCCAAGAACAACAGCAACGUUUCUGCCAUACAGAUAAAUAAGGAUGGACUUUUUGGCGGUGUGGUAAACCCAAACGAAGUAUUUUGUUCGGUCCCGGGUCGUCUCUCACUUCUCAGCUCAACAUCAAAGUACAAGGUCACAGUAGCGGAGGUUCAGAGACGCCUCUCUCCGCCUGAAUGCCUAAACGCCUCUCUGCUUGGUGGGGUCUUGAGAAGAGCAAAAUCCAAGAAUGGCGGAAGAUCCUUAAGGGAGAAAUUGGACAAAAUCGGAUUAAAUCUACCUGCAGGAAGACGCAAGGCCGCCAACGUCACCCUCCUGACGUCACUGGUGGAAGGUGAAGCUGUGCAUCUGGCCAGAGAUUUUGGUUAUGUAUGUGAGACUGAGUUUCCAGCCAAGGCGGUAGCUGAAUACGUGAACCGACAGCAUUCCGACCCAAAUGAACAAGUCCAAAGAAAAAACAUGUUAUUGGCAACGAAACAAAUCUGCAAAGAGUUCACGGACCUGCUCUCGCAAGACCGUUCGCCCUUGGGGAAUUCACGUCCACAACCUAUUCUCGAGCCCGGGAUUCAGAGCUGUUUGACCCACUUCAGUCUUAUUUCUCACGGAUUCGGGACUCCUGCCAUGUGCGCGGCCCUCACGGCGUUGCAGAACUAUCUGACGGAGGCUGUUAAAGCCAUGGACAAAAUGUACUUGAACAACAACCCCAACAGUCACAACGAGACGGGCUCUAAAGGAGGGGACAAAGAUGAGAAACACAGAAAGUGAUGUUUAACCACCACAUUCCUAAAUGAAAUGACAAAAUGCAUAGAACGAACACACUAGUGAACAAGAUGACUCAUUGAGGCGCCACUUCCUGAUUUUGACCAAUUGAACGCGUUUAUUAUUAUUAUUUUUUAAUAGAAAAGAAUUAAACAGUUCACCUUGGGAUUCGUGGAAAAGGCCUUUCUCUAAAUCAAAAUGAAAUCGAAGUGGCACUGAGAGGAGUACACACCCGCCACAACAGGACGUUCACAUGAACUCUCCUUUCUAUGAGUUCAAUGGACUGAAAAUCAGCGUUUUCCUUAAAUAUCUAAUUUACGAUUGUAGCCACGUGACAGGCUGAAAGAGGAUGAUUUUUUAUCAGUAUUGUGAAUAAUAAACUUGACAAAAAGCAAAACAAAACACAAAAUUAAAACAAAAACGAACCUGCAGCUCCACGCCAUGACUUCAAGUUCACUCUGAGCGACCAACUUGAACAUUGAAUUUUAACACGAUUCACUGCUAUAUGAGGGAAUCUGUGUUCAUGUAUGUAUAUAUUUAUUUAUGUGUAAUUUAAUGGGAAUUGUAAAUAUGGUACGUCUGUUAAAAUUUCUUUUUUAUUUAUCUGGUGCCUCCUGUUUUAGUGGGUUUGAAUAUUCCCUUAGUUCUUCAUGUGGUUUUAUGAUUCUUAGAAAACAGAAGUCUGGGGUAUUCUUCUCUGGGAUAUUUCAAUUCAGCCCUCUUGUAGCAUGUUGAGGCGACACUGAAGCAAGUGAACAAAUUGAAAUAAGUAAACAUCAACUUCUAUAUAUAUUAUACUUAUGCCAUUCGAUUUUAGAACGAAAAGGUCGUUACAGAGACCAUUAAAAUGCUAGUUUUGUGUUUUUAUCUUGUUUUUAUACGAGCUUUUUAUGUGUUGUGCCAAUCACCUCUUGUUCUUCCCUCAAAGCACCACAAGAGCAAUAAAUGGAUAUUGUCUUACGAAUUACUUUCGAAUAAAUUCACAACAUUUGGGACCAUCCGAUAUUGUAUGUCCACUGUCUAAAUUGGAGGCGGUUUUAUCUGUAUUGUAUAAACCUGUGCUGGCAAUAGCUCCCAUGCCUGUCGAUGUAUUAUAGUUCUCUGUUGCCCAGAAAAAAAAUAAAUAUUUGAUACGCUUCA